UAUUUUCUUAGAAUUGUAUUUCAAGUAAUUUUUAUUAUAAUAUAACGUAAUCAUGGAUAUAACGUUUCAAUACACGAGGAAGCGCUGCGACUUCGGCCGGCAGCCGAUGUUCUGCGAGCAGGGCCCAGAGAUGUGCGACAGCAUCGCCACCGACGUCGCCCAGCACCGCCACUACAUGCUGCGCAACCCGGUGCACCAGCCCACGCAGCACACGCCCGCCUUCUCCGAGCGGCGCGUCAACACCAUCAGGGCUGAGUACACGUGUUCGGGUGCCCAUCAUGCCGAGGGUGGCUGGCCCAGGGACGUCAACAUUAUAGACCCUGAAGCGACGCAGCGUUACAGACGCAAAAUAGAGAAGGACGACAACUACAUACAGUGCGUUAUGUCUCUUUCUACAGGUAUGGAGCAUUAUGUUUUACAAAACAACUCGAUCGACAUGUACCGCACGUACUACGCGGAGAUGUCAUCUCAGCCGGCCCUCGAGAGAAACAGUUGCCGCACGGUCAACGUGUACCGGGACGGGGCCGGGGACGGAGGCGGCCGGACCACGGGCCCCAGACGUCCCAUCACCUCUAUUUGCUGGCAACCCGAAGGCGGACAUCGGUUCGCGGCCACUUACGCGGACGUGGACUUUUAUCGUAACACUCACUCGACCGUCGACUCGUACAUAUGGGACAUAGAGAACGCAAACUUUCCUGAAGUAGUUAUUCAUCCAACAGUGCCGUUGCUCGAUUUACAAUUCAAUCCCCGCGACCAGAACGUUCUAGCAGGUGGACUAAUCAACGGUCAAGUGGGAUGUUGGGACCGUCGGCGAGGAGGCGUCCCGGUGGGUGCAUGCCCGCCGCACGUGGCGCACCGGGACCUGGUGCGUAACGUGCUGUUCAUUAACUCGAAGUCGGGUCAAGAAUUCUUCUCGGCGGGGCCGGACGGCGCUUGCAAGUGGUGGGACAUGCGCAACCUCAAUGAGCCCACAGACGAAAUGAUCAUAGACGUGGUGAAGUCGUCCUUCGAUACGCAAAGCAUGGCCAACGCUAACGGUGUGACGGCGCUAGAGUACGAGCCCACGAUACCCACACGGUUCAUGGUGGGCACCGAAAACGGCUUGGUCGUCGGGGGCAACCGCAAAGGAAAAACACCUAUGGAAAAAUUACCAGCUAAAUUUGAAGCACACGUGGGACCUGUAUGGUCAAUAGAGCGGAACCCUGGCUUUCUGAAAAACUUUUUGACGGUAGGAGACUGGACGGUGCGCGUGUGGAGCGAAGACUGUCGGGAAUCGGCCGUCAUUUUCUCUCCACCGCAUCGUCACAAGAUCACCGCUGGUACUUGGAGCCCGACGCGGUUAUCGUUGAUGCUGUUGGCGCAGUGGAACGGUAUGAUAGCAAUCUGGGACCUGCUGCGUCGCCAGCACGCGCCGGUGCUCACCAUGCAGGUGUGCGAGGAGCCGCUGCUGCGUGUGCGAGUACACGAACAGGGGAACAUGGUGGCGUGUGGAAGUCGAAAAGGAAACAUCUACAUGAUAGAGCUCUCGCAGACCCUCACGCACUCCGAUAAAAACGACAAGGGACUCCUCACUGCGAUGUUCGAAAGGGAAAGCAAACGCGAGCGCAUCCUGGAAGCGCGCCUGCGGGAAAUCCGCUUGAGACAGCGGCAGGCGGAGGAGGGCUCCCCGCGCGCGUCGGCCGCCGACCUGGAGCCCGCGCUCGGGGACCGCGACCUCGCCGACGCCGCCGCGCACUACCACCAGCUCGUCAACAAGGAGCGAGCCGCCAUGUAGACCGUCACCGGUCACCGGUCACCAGUCA